CGCUGUAACAGUGGACAAUUCAGUGAUCUGGAAAUCACACGGACAGCUCAUUUUAGUCACUUGACUAAAAGACUUUAUAGUAAAAUAGUUUCUGAAUUUGCGCGUAGCCGAGCACUAUUGAUACAAAAUGUGUACACAGUGUAAUAUGCCCGGUACGGUUCUGUGUGACGUCGUUACGCGUCUCGGGUAAAGAUGGCGGAAACGACAGGGGACGGUGUGUCAGCCCCUCUACCGGGAAGAUGUGGGUUUUAUGUGGAGAAGAAAAAGCGAUACUGCAAAAUGGUAGUUGCCAGUGGCAAAACAUUUUGCGGCGAACAUGCGAAUGCGGACCAAGAAGGCGAGAGAGAACGAAUCCCUUGUCCUUUGGAUCCGAAGCACACAGUGUUUAAAGACAACUUAACAAAGCAUUUGAAGAAGUGCAAUUCAAGAGAGAAGCCCAAACCCGUUUACUAUAUUCAAGAUAUCAAUGCUGGACCCGAGGAUGAUGAAGAUGAGUUAGAUGAGAUACCCUUAGCUGACCGUGGCAAAGAAGAGUUGGAUUCGUUGGUCAAAAAACUGAAGAAAGCAGUGCAAGGGCUUAAUUUUAAACACGAGGAGAGAAUAUUAUCCCACCCUGCUCUGUGUGAGGCACUGAGCGAUCCUAAAAAUGGAGACUGUGCGUUCAAACACCUGAAGCAGCAGGCAUCUCUCUUGGGGAACAUGAAAGCUUUGGGCUUGCUGGUUCCCAGCAGAUGCUUUGUGGAGUUUGGGGCAGGGAGAGGUAAGCUGUCUCACUGGAUCCGUGUUGCCCUGCAAGGAUCUGACAACGUCCAUUUUCUGCUCGUGGAAAGGUCCAGCACUCGUUUUAAGGUAGAUGGCAAGCACAAAAGUGCUGACUCCGUGUUUGAAAGGCUGCAGGUGGAUAUUCAGCAUCUUAGUUUAUGUAAAGUCCCCUUACUCCAUGAAAAGGGACUUCCUCUCAUUGGGGUUGGCAAGCAUUUGUGUGGAGCAGCCACAGACCUGGCUCUGAGGUGUAUGUUGGAGAGUGCUCAGAGUGACAGCAGUAAGCACAGUGAUCAGCCACCCAGGAAACGGCUGAAGCAGGAGCAUCAGUGCGAGAGGGGGGGCACUGACACGGAGCCCCGCUCUGCAGCAGUGGAAACGGAGACAGGGAAGGAGCUGGCAGUGUCUGGGCUGGCCAUCGCUCUUUGCUGUCACCACCGCUGCGACUGGAGGCACUACGUGGGGAAAGAGUUCUUCAGGGAGCGGGGACUAGGCGCUGUGGAGUUCGCCGCUUUCCAGCGCAUGUCCAGCUGGGCCACCUGCGGCCUGAGGAAGGCUAGUGACCGCAGGGACGGUUCCCCACCGCAAGGCGACGGCAAUGAGCAAUGGGGGGGGGAGGAGGAGCAUGAGCAAGGAGGGGUGGCCAUACCAAGCAGCCUGGAUGGGAUCGUGUCUGCUGAAGAUCGAGAGCACGUGGGGCGUCUGUGCAAGCUGUUGAUUGAUCAUGGCAGGGUGGAUUACUUGCAAAGGAAAGGCUUUACUUCCAGUCUGCAGUACUACACCAGUCCGGACAUCUCCUUAGAAAACGUGCUGCUGACUGCUGUGCCUACCGCUACUGGAUGACCAAACUUAACAGGAGCAAUCA